AUGCCCCUCGUCCGGUUUAUCCAGAAAUACGCUAAGGAGUAUGACGAGGCGUUCCCCACAAGCAUCGAGUUGGGACCACCAGACACCCUUCCGAACGAGCCCCUUUCAAUCCCAGGAGUCGCGAACGUCAGUGCACCGACGUAUUAUGCGGGAUUCUUCAUAGACGCGGUGUUUCUGCACUAUCACUUGAAGGAUAUUGGCUGGUCCCCCAACCCCAUUUCGCUCGACUUUGAUAUCGGCCGGGAAUGGAGAACGCGUGGUAAACCAGAACCAUUCGUCAUUCCCAAAGCUAUGCCGCGCCCCUCUGGAGAUUAUCUCAUUUGGUUCAUUCAUCGAGCCUCGCCUCCCCAGUUUGUGCAGAAAUUCCUCACACAUCGGGAUGAGGUCCUGGCACGCUUUUGCGACAUGAUGCGCUUCACGUCAGAGGAAGCGGCAUUCAUUCGAGGGAACGUCAAGUGGCAAAGAUUCACACAUGAAGAUCGGGAGCUUCCGCCUGAUGUGAUUCUCUGUAAGGAAUCUUUCGGUGGAGAUUCGACGUCGGAAGAGGACUCGGAGUAG